UGUUCGGCGUCACAUGUAUGUACAAGCAACCCCAUUUGUGCGUAAGGGCGAAUGCUUGAUAAACGCGCGUUCACUGCGUAUGCUCGUCGUCCGGUUUCGUGUCAAUGUGUUCUGCGUAUCCUGUUCGGAAAUCAUAAUUGAUAAGUACGGGAACGAAGUGGUCGUACCACGGAGCAGACGCGAAUACGCGUUGGUAGUAGUAAAGUGGCGGUAGCAGCGCCAAUAUUCAGCGGUGAUAGUAACUGUAAUGAAGGUAUCAGUGGCAACUACUGUGGUAGUGGUAGUGAUGAUGGUGGUGGUUGAGAUAAGUGCGGGGGACUGAAUGCAUAUCAACGGAUUUUGUGUCCCACGAAACAGUUCCUCGUGGUUCACGUUGCAGAGGAUGUACGGUGUAGCCUAAGGUGACGAGGACUAAACGAUUGGUACAAUGUUAAAGGAUUAUUCGCCGAUCGUGCAGGCGCUCCUAGGAACGUUAUUUACGUGGGCUCUCACCGCAGCGGGUGCCGCACUUGUCAUCGUUAUUCGAGGGAAACAACGUAAAUUGUUGGACAUCAGUCUGGGAUUUGCGGGCGGCGUGAUGAUAGCGGCAAGUUACUGGUCGCUACUGGCACCUGCUAUCGAAAUGGCGACAAAGAGCAAAAUUUACGGAGAGGAAGGCGAAUACGCGUUCGUACCAAUCGGAGUUGGAUUUCUCAUAGGCGCGGCUUUCGUUUAUGGGACGGACGCGUUGAUAUCUUCUCUUGGCAUUCAGUCCCCUAAUGUGCUUUUAGCUAUGCAAUCAGUCGGUACGAAACAAAGACGCAAGAUCCUUGCAAAACUAAAGAGUGACGAGGAUUUAGACGAUUAUGAUCCGUAUAACGACGUACAGAUAUCUGGUGGAAAAAUGUAUACUCAAAUUGAGUCCACCACCAUCGAUGGCUUCUAUGAACAAAAUACCCGCAAGCGUCAAACUGCAAAUGUAAACAGGCCUGCGGAACAAGGAGAGAUAAGCACAAUUUACGAAGAUCCUAACAACGAAUGUAAAAACAACCAGUGGAGAAGAGUUUUGUUGCUGGUCGUUGCCAUUACAGUACACAAUAUUCCAGAAGGUCUUGCAGUUGGAGUUGGCUUCGCCGCGGUUGGUAAUAGCGUAUCAGCAACAUUUGAAAAUGCGAGGAACCUGGCGAUCGGAAUCGGUAUUCAGAAUUUUCCAGAGGGGCUGGCAGUGUCUCUGCCCCUUCAAGCGGCUGGGAUCAGCACGUUAAAGAGUUUCUGGUACGGGCAACUCUCGGGGAUGGUGGAACCUCUGGCCGGCGUCCUUGGCGCGGUCGGAGUGACGUUCGCUGAACCCGCGCUACCUUAUGCGCUCGCCUUCGCAGCCGGUGCAAUGAUCUAUGUCGUGAUCGACGACAUCGUUCCGGAAGCGCAUCAGAGCGGAAACGGCAAACUCGCCAGCUGGGCCGCCGUCGUUGGUUUUUUGGUAAUGAUGUCCCUAGACGUCGGAUUAGGCUAGAGUUGGGUGCGGCGAAACGAAAAGGGCGAAAUCGAGAGGCAUUUACCUAUAAGAAGGUCGAGGGUUCGUGUCCGUCUAGGUUUAUGAAUUUGUCUAAAAAAAAAAAGAAAAAAGAAAAAACAGAAAAAGUACUAACGCGAGGAAUUCCUAAAUAGAAACUUUCCGUAUUUCACGAUGUUCCACACGGUCUGCACGUUCCAGAGGUCAAAGUCGAAUUAACGCAGCGGCGUUAUUAACAGCGGCAUCGUUCGACCGAAUCGAUCGAGCUUUCCUCUCGUUGCGCGAGGUACCGAGAUACGUCGCGAUCGCGUACCGCGUUGAAAAAUUAUUAUUCCAGCGUGUCUUCCAUGAAUCCAGUCGUUGUUGAUCCGACACAGAAGUCAAUUAGAUCGAUCAGGCGACGACCUCCCGUCGUUACGCUUUACGAUGUUCUAAGCUGUGUUUGCUGCACCAAAGGGGAAACCAUUGUAGAUUAUUUCUGCGAUUUCAACUUGCUACCGAAAAGUUAGACCAAGGGAAAUCUCGCGCAAUUCGCGGAUUUAAACACGAUUAGUAGUGUUCGCCAAUCGCCAACGAAGAGAAGCUAUAUAAAUAAAAAAAAAAAAUAAAAAAAAAUAGACUCUGAGUUUGCGUGCGCGAACACUUGUCCUAGGAGAAUUCCCCCGGUGCAGCCAUCGUAGCUCCCUCUCUGCUUACGCAAUAUCCCGCGAAGCUUUCCUACAAAUGGAUUCUCUCACGAAUAACGCACGGAGUGUCGCAAUUCCGAUGUGUCUUUCGCACGACGCGCACGCAAUCGUUUCGGUGCAGUGCCACGGCAAAACGAUAAACGCACGUUUGUUACGGCGUGGUACGGCUACGAGACGACGCGUCUCGUCCUCUCGAUCGCGGCCGGUUGCGGUCGUGAUCGAUUCGAAAGCUUGAACGAACAAACGCGCGAUCGACGCGCCAUGCCCUGUGCUACGCUGUCUCGCUACUUCUCUUUUAGACACGUAAGUUUCAACUGCCAUUUUUUGCCAUUGUAAAAUAUCCUCCAAAUUACCUUCAACCUAUCCCACUCCCCCGACGUCGACAUCGUUACAAACUCUACCGCGUGUUUAACUUAAUACCGAUAUGGUUACCGGCAACUGCGAAACACGCCACGUUCCACGCUGGAUGUAAGAUAAAACAACAAAAAAAAAAAAAAAAAAAAAAAAAANAAAAAAAAAAACAAAAAAAAAAAAGAAAAGACACUAUUUUUUCGUACACAAUAAAUGAUUGAUACAGUUAGGCAACGGGUCACGUAUUCGUGCGAUCGAAUGAAUCGGGCAAUGCACGCCUGUUCGAACGAAACGAUAGGUGUAAUAUAUAGUGGCGGUGCGGUUUCUCACGUUCCUACGUCCACGAACGACCCUUAUGGUCGAAAGCUUCGUCGACGAUCUCGACGAUCCACGCACGUCGCUUGAGAGAAAGAAAAAAAGAGAGAGAGAGAGAGAGAGAGAGAGAGAGAUCGAUCGUUGCUCGCUUUGCAACGAUAUUCGUUAUCUUUGCGAAUGGAAGCUUUUGGUAAACCUUGGCCGAAUUACAAAUCAAUAGCUAGACUAUAGGAGGAUAUUAAAUAGCCUAGGUAUUGUAAUCAGCGGAAAGGUUUCCGAGAACAGACGUGAAAUCAUGGAUCGUGUAUGGUUGAGAUUCACGCGCGGCUGCAAUCUUUCUCUACACUGCUACGGAUGAAUUGUUUGUAUCGAGAGCAAUAAAACAGAGUACGAAUUACGGUUGUUAGAGACGGAA